UUAUUUAUUAGGGUUCCUACCUACAAUUGCAAACUUUGAAGUAUAUACAGGAUGAAUGAAGGUGCUGGAAUAUGGUGCCCAGUUUUCAACUCAGGGGAUAGAGAAGAGGAUAAUGAUGGUUUUGAAGCUAUAUUUGAAGCCAUGAACAUUACUAAUGUUGUUGGAGGAGACUUUGUAAUGUCUAUUCUGUUAGCAUUACCAGUGAAGUCACUUUUGCGUUUUCAAAGUGUGUGUUGGUCCUGGCAUGACUUGAUCCUCUCCCGCCGCUUCAUCAACAUUCAUCACCAUCGAACCAAUCGCAGCAGCAGCUUGAUAUGUUUCCACAGCGACGACAGUGGGAGAACAACCUAUAACAGCGUCUCAGUGUCGUCUGAAGAUGGAAGAACCAUUGUGUCACGACCGGAAUCUAGACCCCAGACGAGACCGGCGUCGUUGACCUCUCAGAGGUCGCAGACAAGCCUACUUACGUCAUUCUUACUUUACAUAGAUUAA